GACCAUUGGCUGGCUACCUUCUACCUGGUUGUCAUACGCAUGAUCGGUGACUUUUCUGGGACCUCAAGAACGGCAACCUCAGGUUCUAGGGAGCCGUGGUGACCUUGAGGUACUUAAUAAUCCACAAGACCCCAGACGAAUCGAGACUCAUUCUUUCCUCCCGGAUCUUCAUCAAACAUGUCUUCAGUGAACAGUCCGCGACCAGACCCGGGCAUGUCUCGCAUGCAGCGGGUGAAUCGCUACCUUGACCAGAGCUACAACUUCGAUCACCUAUACGCGGAGAUCUCCAGCUCGGAGUACCACAAAUACAAACAAUCUGAGCUCAACCAGGUCCUCGACAUUCUCAUGACCCUUUUCGAUUCGACUCCCGGCAGUGCUGUGCCCACGGGUCCCCGUCGCGAUCCCCUGCGAGAGCAGCCAGAGCUUGGUUGGUUUCCCCUCCGCAGAAUGUCAAUGGUGGAAGGGUUUCUGACAAGUGCCAGCAUUCGUCGGAGCCCGCCUACAAGCAACAUGAGGGAUUAAUUGGAGGCUAAUAUGCCAAUGGAAUGCAUCAUGGCACCAUCUGCAUGUGCAGCUGGCAGGCCUGGCGAGGGUCACCAGUGAGAUUGCCGGAUCGGCCCGCCGUAUCGGUCUACACUCCCUCCCCGCCUGGGGGUGUCCGCUGGGGUUACGCAGCUACCCUACUAGAUCCUCCUUAUUUCAAGCUUGGUGCCGGUGUUCGACCGCUGGGGAUAUGUGGCAUAAUUGUUCCCGACACCAAGCGCCAGUCACGAACUCCUCUCGAUACAAACCACUAACUAGCAUUGCCAACAGAAAAGGCGGUUGGACUUGUUGAUUGUAUGGGUACAUUUGUUAAGGGUUGGCUGUACCUUGCAGAGUGGGGUGCAUGCUUAGGGACUAUGUACGGUACUUGUUUGUCUGGAGUAACUGUGGC